AUGAUGUGCUAUUUGUUCUCAUAUAUUUUUCUGAAUCCCACUACCAGUCCGACAUACAAUAUCAGCGUGACACAAAUAACCGUGGAGAAAAAUGUCACUGAUCUCAAUUUCAAUGCAAUCUUUGACUCCGGCACCUCGUUUACUUAUUUGAACGACCCAAUUUAUACAGUUAUAUCAGAGAAAUUCAAUUCUGCAACCAAAGACAAACGCCAUCCACCUGAUUCCAGUCUUCCUUUUGAAUAUUGCUAUGACUUAAGUGCAAAUCAAACUACGAUUUCGGUUCCAGAUGUCAAUCUAACUAUGGAAGGUGGAACCCAAUUCUACAUUACCGAUCCAAUAAUAGUAACUAGUGUUCAGGGCGGUGGCUAUGUAUAUUGUUUGGGUGUUGUCAAAAGUGAGGACAUAAAUAUCAUUGGACAGAACUUCAUGACCGGUUACCGUAUAGUUUUUGAUCGUGAGAAGAUGGUUUUGGGUUGGAAGGGUUCUGACUGUUAUGAUGCCAAAACUUUCAAUACUCUACCGGUAAGCCCGCGAAGCUCCCCUGCAGGUCCUCCCGAUUCCACCGUCAAACCAGAAGCCACAUCAGGAAAUGGAAAUGGCUCCCCUUUUCCAAGUUCAACACCGCCACCACCAUCUGCAGGGAACCAUUCGCGCCGCUUGAAUUCCUUUGCUUACACACUUCUGUUGGCUCUUUUUUCUCUUUCGACCCACUAUUUGAUCAUUCUUUCCUCAUGA